ACACAGAUAGAGAGAAAGGACAUAAAAGAAGUUGGUCUGUUUAUAGUAUAUUUUUGAUAUUUUUGUGCAUAGAGAGAGAGAGAGAGAGAGAGGGGAGAUGGGGGAGGAGGAGGUAGUGAUGGAGAAAGAGGAGGAAAUAUGGAAUCAGAAGAAGCAAACCCUAAUUGAGGAAGUGUCCGAGAAGCUCAUCAAUGGCGAUCUCGAUUCCAAGAUUCAAGCCGCCAGAGACAUCCGGAAGUUAGUCAGGAAGUCCUCCGUCAAGACUCGCUCCAAGUUCGCCGCCGCCGGAGUCAUACAACCCCUCGUUUCCAUGCUCUUCUCUCCCACCUUCGAACCUCGCCAAGCUUCUCUCCUCGCCCUCCUCAAUCUUGCCGUCAGAAAUGAACGAAACAAAAUCAGGAUAGUAACAUCCGGUGCCAUCCCCCCUCUUGUUGAGCUCCUCAAGUUCCAGAAUAGCAGUUUAAGAGAACUAGCAACUGCCGCAAUUUUAACACUCUCAGCUGCCGAACCUAAUAAGCCAACAAUAGCAGCUUCCGGAGCCGCACCGCUUCUUGUUCAGAUCCUCAGUUCAGGAACCAUUCAAGGAAAAGUCGAUGCUGUCACAGUCCUCCACAACCUCUCCACAGGUUCAGAAAACCCCACUCUGAUCCUCGAUGCUAGUGCAGUCUCUCCUCUCAUCAACCUCCUUAAAGAAUGCAAGAAAUAUUCCAAGUUUGCUGAGAAAACCACAGCCCUACUCGAAAUACUUUCAAAAACUGAAGAGGGUCGGUUAGCAAUAUCAAGUUCAGAAGGUGGGAUUUUAACUCUAGUAGAGACGGUUGAAGAUGGAUCUCUUGUGAGCAUGGAACAUGCAGUCGGAGCUUUACUCACUCUAUGCCAAAGCUGUCGAAGCAAAUAUCGGGAACUCAUUCUUAAAGAAGGUGCGAUACCAGGUCUUUUACGAUUAACCGUGGAGGGUACACCUGAAUCUCAGGAGAGAGCUCGGAUGCUUUUGGACUUGCUUAGGGACUCGCAUCCAGAAAACAGAUUGACUUCCUCUGUUUUGGAAAGAAUUGUUUACGACAUUGCUACCCGGGUUGAUGGAUCAGAUAAAGCCACUGAAACUGCCAAGCGGUUACUGCAAGACAUGGUUCACCGAAGUAUGGAGCUUAGCUUGAGCCGGAUCCAGCAGAGGGCUCAAUCUUGUACACCAUCUGAUAUUCCAUCUACAUGAGGAAGAAACUAUUCAACUUAAAUAGAGUGCAACUAUACAUGAAGCCUGGUCUAGGAGCUUUUAAUCUAAACCUAAACUGUGUUUGGCCAGUCUGCUCAAUCAUAAUCGCUAAUGCUAAAGUAGAUGUUAAAGGAGGGUACGUCUGUGGCUCUUGUGAGGUGAUUUUCUUGCCCUCAUUGGGCACUGUAUAUCUUGAAUUUUGGAGAUCAAUGUGUAAAAAUUUGGGUUAUUUUAGAGUUUAUGCUGAUUUUAGUUGGUAGGGGAUAACAGCAGAACUAAUCAAGUUUGUGAUAAAGCUUAUUCGGCUAUCCCCCCCUAUUGAUAGCCCAUUGGUCUGUCAUUAUUCAUCAAUAUGUGAUUGUUUUUGAGAAUA